AUGAAUGAGGAACAAACAACCAUUUAUGAUCGCAUUAUGCUCGCAGUUUCAGUUGGACAAGGUGGGUUCUUCUUUUUGGAUGCACCGGGUGGAACUGGCAAAACAUUCGUUAUUUCGCUAAUUCUUCCUGAAAUACGAUCAAAUAAUGGGAUCGCAUUGGCCGUUGCAUCAUCGGGCAUUGCAGCAACUUUAUUGGAUGGAGGUAGAACAGCUCAUUCAGUAUUUAAGCUGCCACUAAAUAUUCAGAAUAACCCUGACGCAGUAUGCAACAUUAAGAAACAAUCGUCCAUGGCCACUGUGCUAAAACGGUGUAAAAUUAUUAUUUGGGAUGAAUGUACUAUGGCACACAAACAUUCACUUGAGGCGUUGAACAGGACAUUGAAAGAUAUUAAAAACAGUGACAAACUAUUUGGCGAAACUCUGUUGGUCCUUUCAGGUGAUUUCAGACAAACACUUUCAGUCAUUCCACGUUCGACAUACGCUGAUGAGAUCAACGCUUGCUUAAAAUCAUCUCCAUUGUGGCGUAAUGUUGAAAAAUUACAGCUAAAAAUAAAUAUGCGCGUUCAAAUGCUUCAAGAUCCAUCCGCUGAAACAUUUUCAAAACAACUCUUAGAUAUCGGUGAUGGAAAAGUUGCUAUAGAUGAAACUGGAAACGUAAAAUUACCGACCGAUUUCUGCACAAUCGCUGAUUUGCAAGAUACUCUCAUUGAACAAAUAUUUCCCGAUGCACACACACAGUACAUAAAUCAUGAGUGGCUUGCAGAAAGAGCGAUUUUAGCGGCAAAAAAUGUAGACGUUGACAAUAUAAAUCUGAAGAUACAGAUGUUGUUGCCAUAG